AUGGGAGGGAUAGUCGCCAGGUUGGCGUUCCUCCCUCCACCUCCUUCCUACGAUGCAGAAUGGAAAGAGAUCACGUGGAUCAAGACACAAAGAGGACAGCGAAUCCCUCUUGUAUACGUGCCAUGGCCAGGCUCGAAACUAACCAUCAUCUUCUCGCACGCGAACGCUGAAGACCUUGGUUUGAUCUUCCAUCACCUCAAGACGUUGAGCGAGGUCCUCCACGUCAACGUCGUGGGGUAUGACUACACGGGAUACGGGCAUGCAUCGGGAACGCCGAGUGAACUUGACUGCUACGCCGACAUAGCUGCAGUAUUCGCGUACCUCAUGACAGAGAAGAACCUGCUACCGUCUCAGGUUGUUCUGUACGGCCGCUCCAUUGGGUCGGGCCCAUCUUGCGAGCUCGCAUCUCGUGUGGAAGUAGGCGGCCUGAUACUGCAAAGUGCCUUCACUUCCUGCAUCAGGGUGGCGUACGACGUCAAGUAUACUGCUUUCGAUGCGUUCUGCAACCUUCAAAAGAUGCCCAAGAUCAAGUGCCCAGUCUUCAUGAUCCAUGGCACUAGGGACGACGUGGUUGAUUUUCAACAUGCCAAGGAGCUUUUCAAGAUGAGCAGGAGGCCGCACAGGCCGUUCUGGGUCAAAGGGGCAGCACACAAUGACAUUGAAAUCUCAUAUUUCACGGAAUAUUGCCAGCGGCUGCAAGAGUUCAUCUGGUCUCUCGAUCCAAAGUGGCAGAUGAAACCGGGGACUGUUCUAUCCCUAUGAUGCCGGUGGACAAAGUCACACAUACACGUAUUGCCGUUCAAGCAUGUUUCAGUCUUUGGACGAACAUGAAUUCGUCAUGGUAUGACAAAUACACAAGGAAGUCUGCUAAUCAGACCUUCAAGAG